AUGGAGGACGACGUCAAGGAUGACGAGCUCUUCCUCGACCUGGCCACCGGCAAGCUGAAGAUGAUGGGCUUUGAUUCUGGCACCUUCUUCAAAGCCAGGCUCCACAGCGAAUUUACAGAUGAGUCCACACCCAGGGGGAUGCUCCCAGAUUUGGGCAUUGCACGGCCUGGAAGCGUUGUAGGUGGUGUCCAGUCUGGAUCGGGAAGUGCUUGGGACCAGCUGCGGCGUGGAUGGGACGUGGCCUUGGAGAAGGCCGAGGACAUCGCUUGGGAGCAGCUUUUCUUCCGGCGGCAGGUGGCGUGCGCUGUCACUGGAGGAUGGCCCCAGGGCAGAGCCCAGCCGGGCUCCCACCGCAUCCCCCGGAGCUUGGGGCAGACAGUGGUCCCAGAGCUGAGGUUAAUGGUGCGCAGCCGGCGCUGCGGCUCGCAGUCAGUGUUUGCAAGUGUUGCCUUCUCACCUCCUGCAAGUUGUGGGGAAAACGAGCUGUGCGGCCGGGCCAGCACUGCCCCUCUGGGCAGUGACAAGGCUCAAGCAGCAGGAGACGUGGAUGUCCAGAGGUACGUGCCGCUGCUGCUGACCACACACGGCGCAAAUUGCACCUCGCGGGAUGCUUCCCCGGAGGCUGCUCAGGCGCCCCGCUCCUCUUUCCACCUGAGCGUCACUGCGGAGGAGUCUUUGGCGCGCUUCCCCUCCGAUUUUCACCUGGAACCGGACAAGAAAAUAGCAACAGCCCUGGCGACGAGGGCACCGCGCCGGGCACGGCCCCGCCGCUCCCACUGCCCACGCCGAGCGGCCGGGGAGCAGCGCUGCGCCCCGCAGGGGCCGCACGUCUCCCUCCUCACGUCCUGCUCUGCCCUCCCACGGGGCUGGCUCCGCCUGGCGCUGGCAGGCGCCUCAUUCAGCACUUUGCUCUGCUCCAGGCAAAAAUACUGGCGGUGGCGCUGCUGGGCGGGCAUCAGUGCCUGCCUCUUGGGCAGCAUUGCCAGCCUCUGGCUCCGGCUGGUCCGACUCCGGCCCCGGCCCCAGGCCCGCCUCCGACUCCGACUCCGACUCCGACUCCGGCCCCGGCCCCGGCCCCGGCCCCGGCCCCGGCCCCGGCUCCUCCCGGGACCCGCCGAGGACACAGACGGCGCGGCCGCUCCCGCCGCGUCCGCGGCGUCUUCCCCGGUCCGAGCUCUUCCGCUCGGCAGCGCGGCCCCCGCCCCCGAGCCGCCGGUGUCCCCUUCGAAAGAGGCAACAUCUGGGGAUACCCGGCCCGGGGCGGUUGAGGAGCGGCCGCGGGCCGUUUCUGGAGCCGGGCCGAGCGCUGACAGCCGCGUGUCGCCGGCAGGGAAGGCGCAGCAGGGCCUGACGGAGCGCUACCGGGUGGGCUCGCUGCUGGGGCGCGGCGGCUUCGGCAGCGUGUUCGCGGCGACGCGGCUCUCGGACGGCGCCCCGGUGGCCAUCAAACGGGUGCCACGGAACCGCAUCCGUCAUUGGGGCGAGCUGCCCAACGGCACCAGCGCACCACUCGAGGUCGUGCUGCUGGACAAGGUGUCCACCGGCUUCCCUGGUGUGGUGCAGCUCCUCGAGUGGCUCGAGCUCCCCAACAACGUGGUGCUGGUGAUGGAGCGGCCGGAGCACUCUCAGGACCUGCUUCGUUUUAUUCGAGAGCGGGGCUUCCUGUCAGAGGAGGUGGCACGGGAGCUCUUCUGCCAGGUCCUGGAGGCCGUGCGGCACUGCACCAGCUGCGGGGUCCUUCACAGGGACCUGAAACCAGAGAACAUCCUGGUUGACCUGGCCACCGGCCAGGCCAAAUUGAUUGACUUUGGCUGCGGCACCCACCUGCAAGACACAGCCUACACCCGCUUUGCAGGAACACCAUCGUACAGCCCCCCGGAAUGGAACCACUUUGGCUGGUACUACGGCGAGGCAGCUACCAUCUGGUCCCUGGGCAUCGUGCUGCACCAGAUGGUCUGCGGGCAGCACCCGUUCCCGAAGGGCCGGAACAUCAGCUGGGGCCAGCUGUCGCUCCCACAACGGCUCUCUCAAGACUGCAAGGAACUCAUCAGAUGGUGUCUGUCCCUGCACUCCUUGGACAGGCCCUCAUUAGAAGACCUGUCGUGUGAUCCUUGGCUGCAGGAUAUUCACCAUCCGUAGAAGAAGGGAGAGAGCCACAGGCACACUUUGAUCCAGGGAGCCGCCGCAGGGAAGAAGGAGCCCCUGGAGAAGCUGUGCCAGGUGGGGCUGCUGCGUCUGGAGACAUGGAGGACGACGUCAAGGAUGACGAGCUCUUCCUCGACCUGGCCACCGGCAAGCUGAAGAUGAUGGGCUUUGAUUCUGGCACCUUCUUCAAAGCCAGGCUCCACAGCGAAUUUACAGAUGAGUCCACACCCAGGGGGAUGCUCCCAGAUUUGGGCAUUGCACGGCCUGGCCGGGAAGCAAAGGUUCCCCCCUUUGCUGGGGCGGAUGCAACUAAUUCUUCAGCCGGCUGCCAAGCUGCUUUUCGGCGGGGCGGGCGGGAUGGGCUGGGGUGCUUACGAAAUGGGAGUCGGCCCUUGGCCCUGCCAACAG